AUGCGAUCCUCAACAGAUGGCAAUGCCGACGAGGCGUUGGCCGCCUUGGGCUACAAGAGUGAACUGCCCCGAAACCUAAGUAUGAUGAGUAUCCUCGGCCUGUCCUUCGCCAUCAUGGCCGCUCCAUUCGGCCUCAGCACAACCCUCUACAUCACUCUCGCAGACGGUCUCUCGGUCACAAUAAUCUGGGGCUGGGUCUUUGUCAGUCUGAUCUCAAUCGCCAUUGCCGCUUCGUUGGCCGAGAUCUGCGCCGUUUAUCCAACAGCCGGAGGUGUGUACUACUGGAGUGCAAUGCUCUCCACACGUGAAUGGGCCCCGUUGAUGUCCUUCAUCGACGGCUGGCUAACUCUAGUCGGGAACUGGACCGUGACGCUCAGCAUCAUUUUCUCGGGAGGUCAGUUGAUUCUCAGCGCCAUCUCAAUCUUCGAUGAGUCCUUCGUCGCAAACGCCUGGCAGACCGUCCUGAUGUUCUGGGCCGUCAUGCUCUUCUGUGCUCUCGUCAAUAUCUUCUUGUCCCGGUACCUGGAUCUCAUCAACAAAGUGUGCAUCUUCUGGACCGCCGGUAGCGUCAUCAUUAUCCUGGUCACCUUGCUUGUGAUGGCGGACGACCGCCGAGACGCCGAGUUCGUUUUCGGCCACUACGAUUCCUCCACCAGCGGCUGGCCCUCUGGCUGGGCCUUCUUCGUCGGGUUGCUGCAGGCAGCGUAUACCCUUACCGGCUAUGGGAUGGUGGCAGCCAUGUGCGAAGAGGUACAAAACCCCCACCGCGAGGUCCCCAAGGCAAUCGUGCUCUCUGUCGUUGCGGCGGGAAUCACAGGUCUCUUCUACCUGAUUCCCAUCCUCUUCGUGCUGCCGGAUGUGAAGAUUCUGCGUAAUGUUGCGAGUGGUCAGCCCAUUGGCCAGGUCUUCAAGAUCGUGACCGGGUCCGCAGGUGGCGGGUUUGGACUUCUCUUCCUCAUUCUGGGAAUCAUGCUAUUCGCAGGAAUCGGAUCACUCACGGCCGCGAGUCGCUGCACGUAUGCGUUCGCUCGCGACGGUGCCAUCCCGGGAUUCAAGCUCUGGCGGAAGGUGAAUAAGAAGCUGGACGUGCCGGUCUGGGCGAUUGUCCUUUCCGCUGUCGUGGACGGUCUCUUGGGCCUGAUCUAUUUCGGAUCCACGGCUGCGUUCAACUCCUUCACCGGUGUAGCCACGAUCUGUCUAUCAACAUCUUACGGUCUCCCGAUUCUGAUCUCUUUGGUGCGAGGCCGGCAGGACGUCAAGUCGUCUACUUUCUCUCUAGGGCGAUUUGGAUUCGCCAUCAACUGUAUCACCAUUGCAUGGAUCGUGCUGGCGGUCGCGCUCUUCUGUAUGCCGGUUACUUUACCAGUGACUCCCGAGUCGAUGAACUAUGCCAGUGUUGUUUUCGCUGCGUUUGCCAGUAUCAGUAUCAUCUGGUACUUUGCCUAUGCGCGGAAGCACUUCACGGGACCGCCAAUUAGCGGAGAAGAAGCGCGCGUCGCGACAGAGCUCAUGACUGGGAUGUCAGUGGACGCCGAGAACUCGCUCGAAGUAGUUAAGAAACUCUCGAGCUCUUAG